AUGGGAGGAGAGAGCUCAGUCGGGGCACUAGUCCCCACCGUGAAUUCCGAGGCAACUAACUCCAAAAUGCCACCACCAACGGAGGAGUUAGACAAGGAUAUGUUUCCUAUUUGCAUGCAGAUAAUUAAGGAUGCUUCCGUCACUUCUUGUGGACAUAGCUUCUUGAUGCCCGUGGAAGCUAAAGAUUGCAAUGACUGUCCUUGUUGCGCUCAUUACCUCACCUACAACCAUAACUUUCCUAAUGUUUUGCUAAAUAAGUUAUUGGAGAGAACUUAUGCUCGUCAAGUAGCCAAGACUGCAUCACCUUAUGAACAUCUUCGCCAGGCAUUACAACAGGGUUGUGGAGUGUCAUUUGCGGUGGUAGAUGGCCUUAUGGCCCUCCUUGCAGAGAAAAAGAGAAAGAUGGAGCAAGAGGAAGCAGAUACAAAUAUGCGAAUUUUACUUGACUUCUUGUAUUGCCUCAGCAAGCAAAAGCUUGAUGAUCUCAAUGAGAUUCAAACAGAUCUCCACUACAUUGAGGAGGACAUAAAUUCUGUGGAGAAGAAAAGAAUAGAGUUAUCCAGGGCAAGUGACAGACUCUCACUGAAACUUGGGAUGUUCGCUGAUGAUCCAAAUUCUAAGUUUUUUACUCAAUCAGAAGCAAAUGCAUCUAAAAAGAAAUGGGUCCGUGCACAGUUCAAUGCUUUGCAAGAAUGUUACUUGCAAAAGCGUCGAAAUUGGGUUAGACAAGCAUGUAAAGAGGAAAAGAGGGAUGCAGAUACUUCAAAUAGAGAAGGAUACAAUCCAGGCCUUGAGGAUUUCCAUUCUGUGCUAACCAAUUUCACUCGAUGCAGUCAAUUUAGGGUUGUCGCUGAACUUAGACAAGGUGGCCUUUUCCACUCUGCUAACAUCGUGUCCAGUAUAGAAUUUGAUCGUGAUGAUGAACUGUUUGCUACUGCUGGAGUUUAUAGGCGCAUUAAGAUUUUUGAGUUUUCCAAAGUCAUGAAUGAACCGGAAGAUGUGCAUUGUCCUGUUGUCGAAAUGUCCACGCGAUCUAAACUCAGUUGCGUGAGCUGGAACAAGUAUAUGAAAAAUCAUAUUGCUAGCAGUGAUUAUGAGGGGAUAGUAACUGUGUGGGAUGUAACAACUCGCCAGAGCAUAAUGGAGUAUGACGAGCACGAAAAGCGAGCUUGGAGUGUUGAUUUUUCACAGAAUGAACCUUCAAUGCUUGUAUCUGGGAGCGAUGACUGCAAGGUCAAAAUUUGGAGCACAAAGCAAGAGUCAAGUGUUCUCAACAUUGAUAUGAAAGCAAAUGUCUGUUCUGUCAAGUAUAAUCCUGGAUCCAGCAUUCAUGUGGCGGUGGGAUCUGCUGAUCAUCAUAUUCACUAUUAUGACUUGAGAAACAUUAGCCAACCACUUUAUGUGUUUAGUGGGCAUCGGAAAACUGUUUCAUAUGUGAAAUUUCUAUCUAGUAACGUGCUGGCUUCUGCAUCUACUGACAGCACAUUGCGCUUAUGGGACGUGAAGGAAAAUCUAGCACUGCGUACAUUUAGAGGCCAUACGAAUGAGAAAAACUUUGUGGGUCUUGCGGUGAAUAAUGAAUACAUUGCUUGCGGCAGCGAAACGAAUGAAGUGUUUGUGUAUCACAAGGCUAUCUCUAAACCUGCAGCUUCGCAUAGAUUUAGUAUAGAUUUGGAGAAUGGUGGCGAUGAUGCUGGAUCAUACUUCACUAGUGCUGUGUGUUGGAAGAGUGAUAGCCCUACAAUGCUAGCUGCAAAUAAUCAAGGAACCAUUAAAGUGCUUGUUCUUGCUGCUUGAAUAAUUGAACUCUUCAAAUCCUACUCAAGAUUAACUAUGUACAUACCCAGAUAAAGAAUGAGUUUUGCUGUGCUACUGGCAAGUAACAUGCAUAUUGGUGUAGUCAUUUUCUUGAGUCUUUUGUUAAGGCUAUGAAGAAGCCUCUAGUCAUGUUGGGUUUCCUAGUGAUUUCAUUUCGCUUGUCGAAUGGGAUCUUAUACCAAGGAGUUGAAUUACUUCCAUUCCUUGUCUACAAUGUUCUUCGUUGGCACGUUAGAGAUUUUCUUAUUACUCACCUUGUACCAGAUAACAAAUCUUGCUUCGUCAUCAUCAACACCACCACAAGCUAAAUCCCACCACCAAUGCCUUGAUCACCAGAAAUCUGCCGCGCAAGAAAAAUUUCUUGGCUAUUUUUUUUCAGAAGGUGAAUUGUGGGACCUGAAAACAGAAUGUUACUCUUGGGAGGGAGUCUGAUGUAAUGGUGUUGGUCAUGUUACUAAACUUGACCUGAGCCCUCUAGUU